AUGUAAGACUAAGAAUAAAAAGAUGAUUUCACUUAUAUGGAUGCAGCUUUGUAAGAAAUAGGCUACAAAUCAAUUCGAUUUGCAGGGAGAGGAUCGUUUGGAACUACAAUCAUUGGAGAAGAUCAAAACUAGAAUAGAUUCGCUUUUAAGCUAAUUUUCAUUAGAACGAAGCAUGGGUAAAUAAACUAGGAUAUAAGAGGUAAGGCAUUGAAAGAAGCUAAUGUUAUGAGCAAAAUGGAUCACCCAAAUGUUGUAAAAUUCUACAAUUAUUACGAAACAUAAAACUACAUCAUAAUCCAAAUGGAAGAAUGCAAGGGUGAUCUUAAUCAAUUUAUGAAAAGUUAUGAAUUACUGUCAAUAGAGAGCUUUAUUAAAUAUGGACAGGAGAUCAGUUAAGGAAUACAAUAUGUGCAUGAUUAAGGAUUAGUAUUAAGAGACCUAAAGUUAGAUAAUAUUCUUAUUGACAAGAUGAAUGUAGCAAAAAUAGCUGAUUUUGGUUUAGCAGCAUAUGUUAUGCAAGGGACUAGUAAAAUUAAAUACUCAGUUUAAGGAGCUUAGCUUUUUAGAGCACCAGAAUUAUAAGAUGAAUUAUGCUAAAAUUUAAUACAAUAAUUAAAGAAGGAAAACCCAAGCUUAGUUCUACAAAGCAAGAAGAGUGAUUGCUUCUCAUUAGGUUUGAUUUUUUAUUCUUGUCUAGGUACACCAUUAUCAAAAUUCAUUAAGAUCUUACAAGAUGGACCUGCUAGCAUAGAUACCCCUGUUAUGAUCGAAGGCCAACAAGAAUUUGAAUGCAUAAAUAAGAUGCUAUAGCUUCUAUGUGAACACCAUCCAAAUAAAAGAAUGAAACUUUCAGAUGUGAUAUAACAAUUUAAAUUUCUAGAGGAACAAUAUCUUCCUAAUUUAAAUAGAUAUCCAGCUCCAAUUAAAUUUCAAACAAUUUCAAAUUAAAAAAUACUAACAUUGACUGAGAGUAAGAGCUGUAACAGUAAGCUUAAAGAUAAUUAUGGUAUACAAGAAGAAAAAAACUAAGAACUAUAUUAGAAAGUAUCCUUAUUGGAGCAGACAGAGGAUGCUUAAAUAAUUGAUUAAAAUACUAAAAAUGACCAUAUAAAAAUAAAUAUAAAAAUGCCAGGCAUAAUAAAAAAAAUUAUGAAAACAAAACUAAUUAAACAAUUAAAAAUAUUCUGA